UCUCCCUUUUUCGUACUCUGAAACCCAAACCCUGCACCUAAUUUUCCCCCAGUCGCAGCGAGAGACCGUUGUAUCAUGAAAAAUGCAAUGCAAAUUCGUACAAUUUCAAAAGUUCCAUGGAGUUUUACUAAAAAUACUUCCGAUGAAUUUCUCCGUAGAGUUUAUAUUUAUUUUCAUGGUUUAUUUUCUAGAUCUUUUGCCAUCUCUGAAGAAACUACAAUUCUUAGACUUCUCUAAUGGAGCUUGAAAACGGUGAUGGCCGGGAUACAGUGAAGGAAACAGUUGAUCUUAUAAGAGGAAGAAGACGAAAAGUUAAGAAACCAGUUGGUCCUCUUCCUCCUCUUCCUCCUCCUCCUCCUAGGAGAAGAAGAAACCGGAAAGUUAGUGCUAUUGCAUUGGGAGUGUCUGCCACUGCUGUUGCUCCUUUAAGACGCUUAGAAAUAUUGCUUCAGGUUCAAAACUCUCAGAAUAUAAAAUACAAGGAUAUAAUUCAAGGCUUAAAACAUAUGAGGAGAACUGAUGGUUUUCGAGGAUUAUUUAAGGGAAAUGGUGCUUAUACUGCACAAGUCGUGUCAUUUUCAACAGUCUCCGCUGUUGUCCCUCAUGCAUUAGCAAGGAGUAUACGGCUUCAUUGGCAGUGGCAUUGGCAGCGGCAGCGGCAGCCAGGCAUGGAAAAUGUAAAGCCUCCUACUUUGUUGGUCCCUGUAAUUCAAGCAUGCACUCUGAUGAUUGCAAUGGCAGCAGCGUAUCCCAUGAACAUGGUGCAAGGAAGGCUUUCUGUCCAGACAGGAAAAUCGCCAUAUCAAUACAGAGGAAUAUAUCAUGCUCUAUCAACAAUUGCCCGAGAAGAAGGCCCACGAGCUUUAUAUAAAGGAUGUCUUCCUUUUACCAUCGGACUAGUGGUACAGAUGGGCAUGAACAUUGCUGUCAUUGAAUCUUUUCGUAUAAGCACAGAAAGAGUCAUGAUAGGGAGGUAUAUAGAAUUGAAGUCUAAGGGAAUAAAUCCUGAAGUGCAUGAAGAGAUGGCAGCCAUAAAGAAAAAAAUUCCAUAUUUUCAAGAUUUUGCAUCUGCCAUAAGUCAUACCUUUGCUUAUCCUUUCAAUGUUAUUCAUCGAAGAAUGCAAAUGGGGGGUUGGAAAAACUCUUCAUCGAUUGUUGCAUGUGACGGUGACAACAAGGCAGCAAUUGAGUUUACAGGCAUGUGUGAUGCAUUCAAGAAAACCAUUUUAAAGCACUGUACAAGGGCUUUGUUCCCAAUUUACUAAUGAAGGUACUCCCAAUUUCAAUAGUUGGAUCUGUGGUACACCGGGGGCUGAUGGAAGGUCUUGGAGUUGAGGUAAAUAUCAACAAACCAUAAAGUGAGAGAGAGACACAUGAGGUUGUCAGAAUUUUAGAGCUAUUAUUAUUCAAUUGAUUUAUUAAGGUUAGUUGUUGAGGAAGUAAAAAAACUCUUCAUCCUCUGCUGGUAAGCAGAAAUCUAUCAUUUGACCGGAAAUACAGGGAAAAUGUUCAAGCUGAUGGCAUUUUUUAGUGUAACAAGUACUAAGGUAAAAUUACCAUGAAGAAUUCUUGUCUGAAGUUAGUGUUUUGAGCCAUGUUUAGUAAUCCUCUGCUCUCAAUACUUUCGAAUAACUUUUCCUUCA